CUGCAGAGUGUAAACAGUGUUGGAAACAUGGACUCCACCUCUGGUAGUGUCACGCCAAGCUCAAAUUGCUCUCAUUCCUCCCCGGUAGAUAGUGUUAACAAUAAUACAAUGCAAAAUGGGAUUUCUAGCCCCUCAGGUGAUUCAGAAGAUGCGGAAGAAAUGGAAAAUGUCGAUAACAGUGGUGGAAAUAGAACCUCAGUGAGUGGUAGGAUAACCGUCGGUAGUGUUGGUAACGUUAGUGUCACAUCAGCUGACCCAGACAGCAAUGCGAACUCAGCUGUUACCGUCCAAAAUGACCCGGACGUUGACAGAGAACUUGAAGAACUAGCCAAACUUAGAUGCCCAAGCGUAGCAACCGAGGUGGUAGCAGCUCGGUACAAGCGAAGAUGCUCAGAUUACCCGGGAUUUGCGUUCGGGUCCUCAAUAUUCAGUUCGAAUACAAUGAUGAAGUUCAGCAUUAUAAAGAACGAACUGCACAACAUCAUGAAUGUGCAGUUGAAAAGGGCUGAGGGUGAGGUGGCCGCUCUUAACCGUCGCAUCCAGCUGCUGGAAGAGGACCUGGAACGCUCUGAGGAGCGCCUCAACACCGCCACCACCAAGCUGGCCGAGGCUUCUCAGGCCGCCGACGAGUCCGAGCGAGCCCGCAAGUGCUUGGAAAACCGAGCAAACAUGGAAGACGAUCGUGUGGGCAUCUUGGAGACCCAGCUGGCACAGGCUAAGCAUAUUGCUGAGGAGGCAGAUAAGAAAUAUGAAGAGCUGGCCCGCAAGUGCGUCAUGUUGGAGAACGACCUAGAACGGGCAGAGGAAAGGGCAGAAGCCGCCGAGGGAAAGAUCGUCGAGCUUGAGGAGGAGCUGCGUGUCGUUGGCAACAACUUGAAGUCUCUUGAAGUGUCUGAGGAGAAGGCUGCACAGAGGGAGGAUAACUUUGAGGAGCAGAUCAAGGAGCUGACCCACCGUAUGAGAGAGGCUGAGGCUCGAGCUGAGUUCGCCGAGAGGUCUGUGCAGAAGCUCCAGAAGGAGGUCGACAGGCUCGAAGACGAACUGGUUAACGAAAAGGAGAAGUACAAGUCCAUUACCGACGAGCUGGACCAGACUUUCAGCGAACUGUCUGGCUACUAAACACUCUCUGCUCCAAACUGUUCUGCCAUCUCUCUUCCUAUGCCCUCAGCUGGCCUGUAACCUAUUUUUUCAUAAGCUUAUGUAAUUCAGUUUAUAAGAAUUCUUUUUACUUUUCCUUCUUUUUAUGUGUUGCAUUUGACCUCCAAUUGAGUCAGUAUCAUCACUAAAUCAUUCGAUAUCGUGGUUAAGUCUGCCAUUGAGGUAAUUUUAAUGUUAUUAAACUUAAAUUUAUUCAGGAAACUUAAUUUUGAAUUUUUUUUCAAAAUUUUAGGUUUCAUGUACUCUAUGGCUUAAUAACAUAAAGAAAUAAAUAUUUAUUAUCAAAUGGAUUUUUGUUGUUUACGCUCUAAUCCCGAUACGACCUUGAGUAUAACGACCACUCAGAGCGAGUGGCCCUAAGAUGAUCCUAGGACCACUACCGCCACAACCAGCCAAUGGAAUGCCUGUAAAAUCUCUCACCCAUCUGUUACAGAUGAACUUGUUAAUGAGAAAGAAAAAUAUAAGAACAUUGCGGAUGAGAUGGACCAGGCGUUCUCAGAAUUGUCAGGAUUCUAAGUGUGACAAACUGGUGGGCGCCAACACGGUGCUUGGACGGGCGUACGUGUCCGCGGGCGUGUGGGCGGGGUAUUGCACUCCGUCCCCGCCCGUGGCACGCUCACGCUCCUGCGGACUGACUUGACUGACGGCCGAGACGCGCCCCACACCAUCAUCACCCAACACCACCGCCUGGCCCGCCACGCUAUCGUCCGCCGUGUAAAGGCCGACUCCCAGGGGAACAAGAGCCUCAAUAACACCCACACUACCCCCCUAAGGGAAGUACUGGGUAGUAUUGAAGCUCCGAACCGCCCCAGUAGAACACAAGCUUUAAUAAUGCCCACAACCCAAGUGUGGUAGUGAGCGUUAUCGAAGCUUAUGAGUCGUUGGGUUCGGCCCACGUCUCUCUUGCUCUGUUACCGUAUGUAAGGGUGCAUUGGUUCACCUUCUUUACUCGAGUUGCAAUCAGUCUUUAUGCGUCAUGCAUUUAUUCUAUAUGGACUAUCAAUAAUAUAUGUUAAUAAUAUUAUUCAACUUUUAAAUCUGGAUCUUAUACUUACAGAAUGAUUGUACACUGUUUGUUUAACGUGUAAUAAAUUUUGUAAACAAAA